CCCGGCACGCCCAGCCGCCCCACCCGGCCGUAGCGGGCCAGGAGACGCCCCGCAGGCCUGAGUGACCCUCGCAGCGGCGCCGUCCUCCUCCGCCUCUCGCAGCCAUGGACGUGUACCCCCCACACCGGCUGGGACUGCCCCGCGCACGGUCCCCCGGCGGCCCUGGCCGCGGGUCGCCCUCCGUCAGCUGCAGUCGACUCCGCCAGGUUCAGAGCAUCCUGACCCAGAGCAGCAAGUCUCAACCCGAUGGAAUCCUCUGCAUCCUAGGAAUCGAUAGCAGGUACAAUGAAGGCUGCAGAGAGCUGGCAAAUUAUCUUCUGUUUGGUUUGUACAAUCAGAAUACCAGUGAUUUUGAGAAAACAGGGUUUUCUGAAGAGGUUCUAGAUGAUGUGAUUAUAUUGAUUAAAUCAGAUAGUGUCCAUCUGUACUGUAAUCCUAUAAAUUAUCGCUAUCUUUUAACCUAUGUGGCACAUUGGAGAAAUCUGCAUUUCCACUGCAUGACCGAAAAUGAGUAUGAAGAUGAGGAAGCUGCAGAAGAAUUUAAAAUUGCCAGUUUUGUGGACAUGGUUCGAGACUGUAGUAGAAUUGGCAUUCCUUACAGCUCCCAAGGUCACUUGCAGAUAUUUGAUAUGUUUGUAGUGGAGAAAUGGCCAAUUGUACAGGCCUUUGCACUUGAGGGCAUUGGAGGGGAUGGAUUUUUUACCAUGAAAUACGAGUUGCAGGAUGUGAGUUUGAAUCUAUGGAAUGUCUACAGCAAGAUGGAUCCUAUGUCUCUGGAGACUUUGCUUUCAGAAGAUUUGGUGGCUUUUGAACGUCAGUGGACUAGCUUCUUCGCCAGUUUUGACACAGAAAUUCCCUUCUUGCUGGAAUUGUCUGAAUCUCAGGCGGGUGAGCCAUUCAGAAGUUACUUUAGUCAUGGAAUGAUUUCCAGUCAUAUAACUGAAAAUAGCCCUAAUAGGCAGCCAUUUGUUCUCUUUGGUAAUCAUUCCACACGAGAAAACCUGAAUGCUGGCAACUUUAACUUCCCUUCUGAAGGGCACCUGGUACGCAGCACUGGUCCCAGCGGGAGCUUUGCCAAACACAUGGUAGUACAGUGUGUUUCACCAAAGGGACCCCUUGCUUGUUCAAGAACAUACUUUUUUGGAGCUACUCAUGUUCCUUACUUGGGAGAUGACAACAAGCUGCCCAAGAAAACUGAACAAAUUAGGCUCUUGUCACAGGUAUAUGCUGCUGUUAUUGAGGCUGUUUUGGCUGCCAUUGCAUGUUAUGCUAAAACUUCCAGUCUAACAAAGGCCAAGGAGGUAGCUGAGCAGACCUUUGGAUCUGGGUUAAAUUCCUUUGAGUUGAUGCAGUUUAAGGCAGCCCUACACUCCAAGAUGGCUUUUCAUAUACAUGCUGUGAAUAAUCAGGGAAGAAUUGUGCCUCUGGACAGUGAAGAUAGCUUAUACUUUGUGAAGACGGCUUGUAUGACCAUCUAUGACAUUCCUGACUUGCUGGGAGGAAGUGGGUGCUUAGGAUCUGUGGUCUUCUCAGAAUCAUUUUUGACAUCUCAGAUCUUGGUUAAAGAAAAGGAUGGCACUGUUACCACAGAAACCAGCUUCAUAAUCCUGACAGCUGACAUACCCAGAUUCUGCUCCUGGCUGGUAGAAGAUAUAGAAGUAAAAUUUUCUGAGAAAACCCAGCAAUCGGUUAUGGGAGAUGAGUGUUUCCUGGGCACUUUUCUAACUAGAGGAGAAGGGGCGUAUCUUUAUUCUAGUAAUCAACAGUCUUGGCCUGAGGAAGGGAAAGUACAUUUCUUCUCUGGUGGACUUCUGUUUUCUGACCGUCAUCACGGAAAUAUCAUCAUUUCCAAGGAUCACAUGAAUUCCGUUUUGUUUUAUGAUGGGGAUUCCACCAGUAUUGUUGCUGCCCUUCUGAUAGACUUCAAAAGUUCAUUGCUUCCCCAUCUUCCAGUUCAUUUCCGUGGAUCAAACAAUUUUCUGAUGAUUGCCCUUUUCCCCAAAUCCAAGAUAUACCAAACAUUUUACUCAGAGGUCUUCUCCCCCUGGCAACAGCAGGCUAACUCAGGGCUGUCUUUAAAAGUGAUCCAGGAAGAUGGAUUAUCUGUGGAACAAAAGAGAUUACACUCCAGUGCACAGAAGCUCUUCAGUGUCCUGAGCCAUUCUGCUGGGGAGAAACGGAGUCCUCUAAAGCUACUCUCAGCCAAACUCCCAGAGCUGGAUGGGUUUCUCCAGCAUUUUGCCGUCAGCAGCGUUAGUCGGGAACCCAUGAUGAGGACCCAUCUCCCUGUCCUGCUGCAGCAAGCUGAAAUCAACCCUACUCACACAGUAGAAAAUGACAAGGUAAUUAUCAGCAUUGUAACUGGCCUCCCAGGCUGUCAUGCUAGCGAGCUCUGUGCUUUUCUGGUCACUCUGCAUAAGGAAUACGGCAGGUGGAUGGUAUACCGUCAAGUCAUGGACAGCUCCGAAUGUUUUCACGCUGCCCACUUCCAGAGAUACCUUUCCAGUGCCCUGGAGGCCCAACAGAACUGCUCUGCCCGCCAGUCAGCCUACAUACGCAAGAAGACCAGACUACUGGUGGUGUUACAAGGCUACACAGAUGUUAUUGAUGUUGUCCAGGCCCUGCAGAUACAUCCAGAUUCAAAUGUCAAGUCCUCCUUCACCAUUGGUGCCAUCACAGUGUGUGUGGAGCCCCUGAGCUGCUACAUGGAGCACAGAUUUCUCUUUCCUAAAUGUCUCGACCAGUGUUCACAAGGCCUGGUGAGUAAUGUGGUGUUCACCAGUCACACCACAGAGCAGAGGCACCCUCUCCUGAUUCAGUUGCAGAGCCUCAUCAGAGCUGCCAAUCCUUCUGCAGCCUUCAUUCUUGCAGAAAAUGGGAUUGUCACCAGGAAUGAAGACAUUGAACUGAUUCUCUCAGAAAAUAGUUUUUCGAGUCCUCAGAUGCUACGAUCUCGAUAUCUAAUGUACCCUGGCUGGUAUGAAGGUAAAUUUGAUGUUGGAUCGGUCUUUCCAUUAAUGGUUCAGAUUUGUGUAUGGUUUGGUCGUCCCUUGGAGAAGACUCGCUUUGUGGCCAAGUGUAAAGCAAUUCAGUCCUCUAUCAAGCCAAGUCCCUUCUCUGGAAACAUCUACCACAUCCUGGGCAAAGUGAAGUUUUCAGACUCUGAGAGGACCAUGGAGGUCUGCCACAACACUCUGGCCAAUUCCUUGAGCAUCGUGCCAGUUUUGGAGGGACCCACGCCACCGCCUGACUCCAGAAGCACACCUCAAGGCAGCAGCGGGCAGCAGGAAUGCUACCUCGUGUUCAUAGGCUGCUCCCUGAAGGAAGAAAGUGUCAAGGACUGGCUGCGGCAGUCAGCUAAGCAGAAGCCUCAGAGGAAAGCCCUGAAGACCAGGGGGAUGCUGACCCAGCAGGAGAUCAGGAACAUCCACGUGAAACGCCACCUGGACCCCCUACCUGCAGGUUACUUUUAUAAUGGCACCCAGUUUGUCAACUUCUUUGGUGACAAGACUGAUUUUCACCCACUCAUGGACCAGUUCAUGAAUGACUACGUGGAAGAAGCCAACCGGGAAAUCGAGAAGUAUAACCGCGAGCUGGAGCAGCAGGAGUAUCAUGACCUCUUUGAGCAGAAGCCCUAGAGGAAGAAGACCCUGGAGAUGGACGUUUUAAAACGGGGUGUCUUAACCUCAGCUUUUCCAGAGGCCCCUCCCUAGAGGGGCUAUCUUUGUUCUCCUUGGCCUUUGUGUGCUGGCUUGAGUGCAUGUUGUCUUUAUUCUCUAUACAGCGCUGAAGAGCAUCACCUGCACCACUGAUUUGGCAGGGGAGGGGGGUCCUUAUGGAGGAUGAGCAGACAGGGGCUGCCCUUUGUGUGCAGCCGGCAGUCCAGGACCUCUGGGUCUCUGAUAACAGUAUUUUCUUUGGGCUGUUGCAGCAGUGUGUGAGGGUGGGAGGAGCAUUUGGAUUGCACAGAGUGGCUGCUGGGACAUAAAGAAUCCUGGCUGCCAAACUGUGGCCAUGCCUGGGGGCCCAGGCCACCACAGGCCUUGGGCCUCAGACACCACCCCAGGAGAGCCUUUCACCCCAGUGGAGUGCCUGCCUCCCUGUUUAGGCCCCUUCCACUGAAGGCUUGGGCCCUGCUGACCCUAUGCCCAGUCCUAGAGGGAACAGCACAAGCCCUGGCCAAUCCCAACCCACAGAGCCAACAGCUUGGGCGGAGAUUAGCAGCUUAUUCUAAAAUGAGGGAAUUUCCCUUACGGACUAAACAGAGGGGAAAGACUUGUUGCUUUCUAGAAGUAUGUGGCUUUUGAAUUGACACAAGCAGCCCCCCUUGGGACUGGUUUGAGCCUCCUCAUGUCAUCACUCUGGUUUACUUCAUUCGAGGACGAGAAAAACUGCUGCUCAGGCCUCCCUGGUGACGCUUUGCCUCACUGUUAAGGUCAGUGUCCUGCAACUGCAUAGUCUUACGCCCAGGGUUGUGGUCGCUUAUGGGGCAUCUUCACUUGAAGGGGGUUCAGUCUCAGCACCCAUACCUCCCCUCAGUCUUGCCAGGGAAGGCCUGGUUUUCAGCCCAACCUUCAGGAAUCUCAUGUCUCCAAGCAUCGUUGCUAGUCUUGUAUUUGUUUGGCUCUAGGGGACCAGGAAUUUCGGAGAAUUCCAAAUCCAAGUUAGAAUUCCUUCUAGUAGCUUUGUUUUCAGCUGGAUUAAAAAGCAGAGGGGAAUUUCAAGUGUAUCUCAUGCCUGACCUCCAGAAUUAGUGUGGGGAAGAGGAAGGUCGCAGGCACAGAUACUUAGGUGAUGUCUGUUAGGACUUCAGCGCCUCAGCUGCCUAGAUUGUAAAUGCUUUCUGAAUUUCACGUAUUUUUUUGCAUGCCUUAGAAGGAGCACAUAGGCAAAACCAGCAAAGUUUCUAGUAACGUAGAGGGGUUUUUGAGAAAGGAUCCUGGCACAGAGGAGAGACAGAAAACCGAUGGAGCACAUGUAGUCUGUCACACAGAGUCCUGCAUACAAGUAGUAAAGCAGUUGUUAAGGGCUUGUUAGUAACAUGUACUUAUAUUAGAAAAAAAUUUUUCAUUUGAAGCCAAAUGAACAAUACUCCAAAUACCAUUUAAUAACUCUUGCUUGAAGAAAGGCUUCUGAAAAGGCCCAUGUGCUCCAGUCUCAGCUCCCAAAGCUGCUGGUGACAAGGGCCCAGGUGUGGAGCCCCAUCUGGGAGCCCCUUACUUCUAGCUGGCCAGAGGCUGGGUCCACAACGGGCUUGCCUCUGCUUCAGAAUCAAUAACAGAUCUUAAGUGCAAUUGAUGAAAUAAUAAUGAGUUACUGUAGCUUCCUUUAGCUCUACCGAGCUCUUUUUAAAAACUCAAGCAGCCUUAGAAAAGGGAGC